AGAACAAAUUUUUUUCACGUCACGUAAUGUAUAAGAUAUAUAUGAUUGUGUGCAUAUAUAUACAUAUAUACAUACAUACAUAUAUAUAUAUAUAAAUAUAGUAUUUGAGUAUAAAUAAUAAAUGUAUUGGCGCACUAUGUAUAUAUAAUAAUGUAUAAUAAAAUGUCGAUAAUGAAAACUUUGCAGAUGGCGUUAUCCCUCUAAUAGUGAAAAGCAGUAAGAAGAUAAAGAUAAAGAGUAAAAGAAGGAAUUUUGAGACAGAAAAUAAUUCUCUCUCUCUCUCUCUCUCUCUCUCUCUCUCUCUCGAUCUUUAAUAAAUGUCGCGUAAAAAUAUACAUAUAUACAUUUAAAGGUCUUUCCAGUAGUCAAGCCAUUGAUGUGAGUUGACUGUUUGUGAUCUAGCUUGACGGUAUCUGAUAUCGAAUAUUAUUUUUUACUCAAAAUGAUGACAUCCGAAGAAAAAGCAGAAAAUUUGUUAGAGGAGAAAAUUAAGGAAGAUACAGCUAUUUUGGAAAUAAGUACAGUGGAAAUGGGUGGAGUUGUGAAGCAAGAAAGUCGCGAUGGCGAUUUUUUCUCUAAUUGUAGUACUUCGAUGGAAGACUCUGUGAUUGCAUCUCCAUCUGUUGAUAGCUUUUCUACAAUACCAGAACAAGAUAUAUCUGAUUUUCAAAUGGACUUAAAAGAUUUAAAAGUAAAAGUAGAUAAUCCGCAAAAGCAUCUAGAAACGUUGGAAACUUACAUUACAUUUCGUAUAACCACUAGAGUCACACGCCCAGAAUAUGAAAAUGGAGAAUAUAUAGUCUGUAGGCGUUAUAAUGAUUUCAUUUGGUUACGUCAAAAAUUAGUGGAUUCUUAUCCUACACAUAUUAUACCUCCAUUACCAGGAAAACAUACAUUAUUGGCUCAAUUAGAUCGUUAUUCCAAAGAAUUUAUUAUAGCACGUAUGAAAUUAUUACAAAUAUUCUUAAAUAGGGUUAUUAAUCAUCCUAUUCUUAGUUAUGACAAAAACUUACAAAUUUUUUUGACUACUAAACCCGCAGAAUUUCUUAUUCAUCGUAAAAGUCGAGGAAAUAUGCUUGUUAAAAUGACAGAUUCGUUGCAGAACAUUACUAGUGUAAAUAUUAUGAAACAGCAUUUACCUGAGUUUGAACAAGUUCGUGAUUAUUGUACAUCACUAAGCCAAAAAUUAUCUACUAUAGAUAGAAUUCACCAUCGUAUACACAAGGAAAGGCAAGAUUAUCUGCUUGAAUUACGUCAGUUACAUCCAAUAUUUACUUUAUGGGCUACUUCAGAACCAGAACUAGCUCCUAUUCUAUUAGCAAUUGCUAAAGCUAUAGAGUGCAUUGCCAUGGCUCAAAGAAAACUUGUAGAGAAUCUACCCAAUGCAGAACGUGAAUAUGUAACAUAUAUAGAUGCAGUUAAAAAUGCUUUAAGCAGAAGAGAUUCUAUGCAAAUUGAAUAUGAAAUAAUUAUUGAUGAAAUAGCAAAAAGAAGAGUUGAGAAAGAUCAGUUACUGAAUAUUGCAAGUGGCAUAUCCACGACACAAAGUUGGAGUGGAUCACUUUGGAAAGCAGAAACUCGUGAUGAGAAAUUGGAAAAAUUAGGACAAGUGAUUCCACGAUUAGAAAAACAAGUGGAGUUGCUUCAAGAUCGUGUUGGUUGCGCUAAUGAAAAUUUGCGUAGUGAUAUUCAAAGGUGGAAUACUGAAAAACAAGCAGAUUUGAAAACUAUGUUAAUCACAAUGGCAGACAAUCAAAUACAGCAUUAUCAACAGUGCAUGAAUGCAUGGGAGGAAGUCCUUGUUGCUCUUAAACUCGAUGGAAUAGGUUCGGAUAUCACUGUAGGAGUACCUAUUAAAAUACCUGUAUAAAUGCAUGGUUAAUCAUAUAUUGUCAUUUCAAGUAUUAAAAAAUGUCUAUAAAUAUUAAAAUAAGAAUUUAUCGUAACUUAUAAAAAAAAAAGAAACAAUCUUAAUAUAGUUACAUUUCUAUAUUUAUUAGUUCCAGUGUUGUUACUCUGGAAUAAUUUAUUGUCCAAGUUUUUAUAGCAAUUUAAAUUAUAUUUAUGCGAUAAUUGACUUUACUAAACUUAAUUAUAUUAUAAAGAAAGUAUAGAUAUGAAGUACAUAUUUUUUUAUAUAUUUGUUUCAAAAGAAUCUGAAAAACUGAAAUCCGCCUUUAAAGAUUAUCGAUCCGAGUACUACCUACCUAAGAAUAUAACUUAAUGAUACAAACAAAAUUCUAAAAAAAUAAUCUUGUGUAAUGGUAUUUUUAAAUUGGCUUGAUUGUAAAAUUUUAUACUUGAUUAUACUUCAUUAUAGAUGCAACUUUCAAUAUAUUAUUAUUACUGAUAUCAUGUAACGUAUCACAAUCGAAAAGGGUCAAGUAUAUUUCUCGUUAUACGUUUUGCGGAAAUAAAAUUUUAUUUAUAAUAAAUUAUAACAAUCGAAAGACGACACAGUAUUCAUUCAUUCAUUUGUUUAAAUAUUUAUCGGUUAUUAGUCAAACCUCGAGAAUUACUCGAAAUUAUUUUCAUGUAAUAUUAGAUAUCUUAUUAAAUUAUAUAAGUAAAAUGAAAUAUAUCACAUUAUUUUUACAUAAUAAUAAAUAAUCUUUAAUGGCGGGCUUCACUUCUUUUUAACUAUUUUUUAAUUAAAAAAGUAAAAAAGAAGCACACAUUAUAUAUUUUCACCUCUUAAAUAUU